AUGCAGCAGCCUGUCAGACAUCAAACGUCGACACCUUUCGAUGAUCUCCUCACCUCCAUCACUCACAGCUUAGGCACUACUCCGAAGCCAUCAUUACCACACCUGCAUAACCUUCUUCGAACCUACACUUCAGACUCUAAUCACUGGUCGAAAUACGCACAUCGAAAUCCCCAAAAGCAAUAUACAAGAAAUCUCGUCUGCGAACUUCCGGGCAUUUUCAAUCUCUUAUUGCUUGUUUGGACACCAGGUCAAGCAAGUCCAAUACAUGAUCAUGCUGACUCACACUGUUUGAUGAAGAUUCUGAAAGGAGAACUCCAAGAAUCACGAUUCGCGAUUCCUGAAAAUCCAGGUAAUGAAGGACCAUUAGUUGAGACAUCAAGAUUGAAUUUUGGCGUGAACAAAGUUACUUAUAUUGCUGAUAAUCUUGGUCUUCAUGAGAUCUCAAACCCCCACCCCACAGAUUAUGCUGUCUCAUUACAUUUGUACACACCGCCGAAUGCUGCGAUGAGGGGUUGUAACAUCUUCGAUCCGGAAACGGGAGAGGCAAGGCACGUGAUGCAGUGUGCAUAUGAUUCUGUGCGAGGUGCGGUUGCGUCAAAUUAA